AUACGACUUAAUUCGGGUCACGACUGUCCUGUUGUAGGCAUAGGAAUGGGUGGCUUUCGGACGGGUGGACCACCUGAAGGAACGACUGCCAUAGAAAUUGUUAAGAAUGCCAUCGAUGCCGGAUAUAGACAUAUUGAUACAGCAAGAGGUUAUGGCAAUGAACAAGCAAUUGGACGGGCAGUUAAUGAUGUGAUAACUGAAGGAAAAGUCAACAGAAAAGAUAUAUUCAUUACAACUAAAAUAUAUUCAAAACGACAAAACGUUUCGUGGAGUAGGACUGAGGCUUUGGCACAAACACGACAAUCAUUGACAAACUUAAACAUGUCUUAUGUGGACCUAAUGCUCAUUCAUUAUCCCUCUAAUAACAGUCAACUCAAUAGUCAUGUCUGGAGUGGUCUCGAAGAUGCUCUCAAUCAAGGUUUAGUCAAAUCGAUAGGUGUGUCCAACUUUAAUGAACAACAAUUGCAAAGUUUGAUACAAACGGCUAAUGUUUUUCCCGCAAUCAAUCAAAUUGAAAGUCACCCACAAUUAAGUCAAAGACAACUCAUUGAUUAUUGUCGUCAAUUUAAGACAAGAGUGACCGCAUAUUCACCAUUAGGUGCCGGAUCUCUCAUUACACAUCCAGUUUUGACACAAAUUGGUAAUACCUAUAAUAAGACAGCGGUUCAAGUGAUGCUUAGGUGGCAAAUACAGAGAGGAGUGAUUGUUAUCCCGAAGACUACCAAAAAACACAGAAUGACUGAAAAUAUCAAUUUAUUUGACUUCAGUUUAACCUCUCAACAGAUCAAUCAAAUUCAAAAUAUUUAAAAACAUUAUUUUAAUUAAUUAAUCAAAAUUUUAUAUUAAUUGUAACU